AUGAAACCAAAUGGCUGGAUUUCACUCAUAUUGAGUAAUAGAGAAUGUGUAUUAUUGCAAUUCGAUAAUGGAGUAUUCAUGAAUCAAGGAUUUAUGCUCAAUGAGCAGAAAGUGUUGAAAGUGUUUGGAAAUCAUCAAAUUGGUGAUAUUUCAUAUAGUGAAGAACAAUCCAUAGAAGUAGUAGUAGAAGGAAUCGUGGAUUUGGAUCAUGGAAGUCGAUUUGAAGGAUUGAUAUUGACAGAAAACAAGUUGGGAAUUCCAUUUGGAUAUGGUGAAUUGUAUGAGAAGGAUGGAUUCUUGAUGUACAAGGGCAUAAUGAUCAAUUGGAAACGAUUUGGAUAUGGAACGAGUUAUCAUAAUAAUGGAUGUAUUGAAUAUGAAGGAUAUUGGUGUGAUGAUAAUCGAUAUGGAAUUGGAAAAGUGUAUGAUCUAUCAGGGAUAUUAUUGAAAGAAUGUGAAUGGUAUAAUGGAAUUGAAUGUGAUACUGAUGAAUAUAGAGGAGAUGGCUCAGAACCUCUGAAUAUCGGAAUGAAACAUUUGAAACUGAGUGACAAUUGUGUAUUGGUUGAUUGGGAUGUUUCAUUGUUGUAUUAUUUGGAAUCAAUCGAAAUCGGCAAUGAUUGUUUUGGAUCAGUGAAAACAUUCAAAAUCGAUGGAUUGAAUCGAUUGAAAACGAUCAAAAUCGGCACGAGAUCAUUCAAUUCCCUCCAAUAUAGUAGGCAAAAUGACUACAGAGAGUUUGCUGUUGUUAAUUGUCAAUCACUGGAAUCUAUAGAAAUUGAAGAAUACAGUUUUUCGGGAUAUGGAGAUAAGUUUGAAGUGAAACAUCUUCCUAUGUUACAAUCAAUUAGAAUCGGGUCAUUUAGACAUCAGUCAUCUAAUUUUGGUUACAGUCCGUUUGUUCUUGAAGGUAUUGACAAGGUAUAG